AUGCGUCGCCAUGGCCUGGCCACCCUGGGCCUCGUUGCUGUGGUCACGCAAUGCUUCGUCGCCCCACCGCUGCGCCCAACACGCCGCGGUCUGCGCUGCUGCGCGGCGGAGCGGCCAGAGACGCCUGGGCCGCCGCCAGGCGGAGUCGGCUGGUGGCUGCCAGCAACCGCGCUUGCCGUCCUCCUCUGGCGAAGUGUGGACAGUGUCUAUUUCUACACCACCCGCACAGUGACCACGCAAAGUGAGACCCCCACGGAGACCUCUUUUCAGCAGUCGCAAGAUAUCUGGACCAACAUCCCUGGGCGUUUCCUGGGCGAUGAGGGCGUGGUGCCCCCAACGUCGGCCACACCCUUCUUCGAAGCGUCAGUGGACUUUGACGUGUCGAAGGUGUUGGAUCCCAUCAUCACCUCGAAAUGGUUCGAUUGGGUCUUGGACACUGGUGUGUUAGACUUUCUCUCUAAAACUUGA